UCUGUCUCGGGUGCGAUUUGUUUCUUUAUAAACACGUCAUUGGUUGCAGUUUAACAUAUAUAAUACGUAAAAGUAAUAUUUUAUGAUCUGAAAGAUGCUGUAAGAUGAGUGUUAGUAGUGUAAAUAAAUUUGAUUGUACGGUUUAGAUUGUGUCCGAAGUGAAAAUGAAUGGUAAAUUGCACAGUGAAACCGGUGCUUUCUCAUCUGACGGCAUGCGCGCCGAAAUAUUGAACCCUUUCGUCCAUAAAUUGGAACUAGAUAACACAUACGACAAAAUAAAGACGGCGAUAUUCACAGUCAUACUACUGCCGUUUAGGGUUAUAGUAAUAUGCUACUUGAUAGUCACCGCUUGGUUCCUUGCCUGUAUAGGUCUAUAUGGCCUCAGUGAAGAAGACUUGAGAAGAAAACCUAUGACCGGAUGGAGAAGCAAACUGCGCUUCUCCAUUCUCUCUCUCAUGCGCCUGGUGGUGGUGGCCGCUGGUUUCCACCGCAUCAAGGUGCUGGGGAAGCACCACCUGCCUGCCAACUCGCGGGACGCUCCCGUGGUGGUCAUGGCCCCACAUUCCAGCUUCUUCGAUGCCAUCGCCAUUGUCUGUCUGGGGGCUCCGAGUGUGGUCGCGAAAGCUGACACUGCAAGGCUCCCUUUCAUUGGACAACUUAUAAAUUACACUCAACCGGUAUACGUGUGGAGAGAUGACCCCAACUCGCGGCAGAAUACAAUAAAGGAGAUAAUCGAGAGAGCCACCUCGAAGGAAGACUGGCCUCAGGUGCUGAUAUUUCCUGAAGGCACGUGCACGAAUCGCUCCUGCUUGAUCACCUUCAAGCCUGGUGGUUUUUACCCGGGUGUGCCGGUACAGCCCGUCAUCAUCAGGUAUCCGAACUCCAUGGACACCGUCACCUGGACUUGGGAGGGGCCUGGAGCGCUAAAACUGUUGUGGCUGACUCUAACCCAAGUGCACAGUUCGUGCGAGAUCGAGUUCCUUCCUGUGUAUUAUCCUAAUCAAGAAGAGAAGAAUGACCCGAAGUUGUACGCGAGGAACGUGAGAGACGUAAUGGCUAAAGCACUGGGCGUCCCGGUUUUGGACUACACGUACGAUGAUUGUCGGCUCAUCGCCCGAGCCAAGCAGCUUGGUAUACCCGGCGCUGCCGCUGCACGGGAAGUCAGUGAGCUUAGGGCACAACUGGGAGUGCCCCAGUCACAAUUGGAGCUACAAACUCGAUGUGUGGCCGCGGGAGACUGGGUGACGCGCGAGCAGUUCGUUCAACGGCUUGGCGUUCCCAUUAUGACCACAGCUUCCAUACAAGCCGAACGACUCUUCCAAAUAUUUGAACAGCGAGGUACUGGUAUGGCUCGCUGGUCGGACUACAUGCUGUGCGCGGCGUUCCUCUCACUGCAGCAUGCGCCGCUGCAUCACCUCAUCUGCAUUGCAUUCAAGCUGUACGACAGUGGCUUCAGCCGACUGAACCAGGCCAGUUUUGAGGAGUUGGCCACCAAGUGUCUGGGCAUGUGCCAGGAGGACGCCCAUCAUCUGUUCCGACAGAUCGACAGUGAUGAGAAGGGCUGUAUCACUUACGAUGAAUUCAUGUCCUACGCACAGAAGCGACCGGAGCUAUCAUUCAUAUUCGCCAGCGACGCGACACAGCAAAAGUCCAAAAGUCAGUGAGGGAAGGUUACCACGUGUAGCCCACGUGCCUCCCACGUGCACCCAGCUGGUGGCACACGUGCCCACCACGUGUUGGAAAUUCCGCGUUAGUAUUACAGAUCAGUAUUCCAUGAACAGUGCUGUGUUUGGAAUUGUGGAUGACAUUUUGAGAUUCUAUGUAAGUUGAUUACAUGUUAAGCAUUCAGAUGGUGGAAACAAACUUGGUUGUCUCUUGUAACUACGAUUGAUUACGUUACUUAGGACCCAAAUGUAACUUUAAGUUUGUGGAUAGUACUCUCUGGACUCGGGCCGCUAAAUUCUUACACUUUACAAAGGAGGUCAAAAACCUCGUAUGUUGGUUCAAUGGAAAUUAUAUAGAGUGGAAUAGAAAUAACCUUUAUUCAAAUAAACUUAAUACAAGCAUUUUUGAAUGGUCACUUUAUUUUAUUCUUCUCAUUCGGAACGCAGAUUUAUCACAAGAAGGACGAAUAAGACACUUGCGUGUAGCUCUUUUAAAUAAAUAUUGUUCACGAUCACAUUUUUAGGUUUUUUUUAAAUAAAACUGCCACAUACGUUGACAUAUAUAAAUGAAUAAUUACUUAAGUAACAAAGUAGAUCAGUCAUAGAUAUAUUAUAUAAUAAUUUGUACUAUUAGGUUUGUUACUACGCAGUAUAAAUUAACUAGAUUAAGUGUAGGUACAGUUGAUAUAUCUGCU